CGAACACGGAAGUGAAGAGGAAGGAGCUGGUCAAGUCGCUGAAGCGUCUCAUCUCUCGACUGUCGGGCUCCUCGUCCCUGGACCCGGCGGAGGAGGAGACGACAAAGACGAGCGAGGAGACGUUAAGAUUGAGCGAGGAGGAAGUGACACCUUUAUCUGCCAAGGCUCUUCGUGAGCAGUUGGAGGAACUGGGUGUGGAGCUUGAGGAUCUUGAGAUGUUCGAAGAGCUUUGGACGUCUGACACAGUGUCAGGGGAAGCAGCGAACGAGUCAGCGGGAGGUGAUGACAGCGCUUUGUCUUUCCGCUCCAACUCCUACAGUCUGGCUCGCGCGUCAAAGGGGCUCGUCGGAGGGAUCGCUCGAGGUGUUAGCGAGAAGCUGAGGAGGAGGAGGGGGAGCAGCAGAUCCUUGCAGCAGCGGGAGGAAGAGGAGGAUCUGACCAAGCACAAGGUGCAGCUGGGGCUACCGACAGCGGAAGAGCUGAGAAAUUUUGAAGGUCCACAGGCGGUCAGGUAAGUCACAGAUGGUGAGCAGCACCUAAGUGACCAGUCCCAGCUCCAGUCCAGCAGUAGGGACUGAGCAGAGCACGGGAGGAGAGACGAGCUGGAAAAGUCUCUUCUCGCCGAAGCUCAAGAGCUGGAGGAGGAGGAAGGGGGCCGAGGGCUCCUCCAUGGGCGAGUCGCUCGUCUCCGAUGCCUCCAGCCUCCCCGAAGAUCGCGACGCUUACUCGCCCGACCAGUCGCCGGUGAAGCGAAGAGCUGAAGUAGCAGCUGGGGCUGGUGCCGUGGCAGCAGCUGUGGCAGUAGAGGUUCCUUCUGCUGUGAUCCUCAGGAGCAAUUCUUCGCGCGAAGGUCAUGAGCUGAUGGAAUCGCCACGAAUGUUUGGGGAAGGCACCCGGGUAAACAAGCCUGAAGGGAGGGCGAACAGUUUGCUGUACAGGAAGAAAAUCAACGUGAGCAGAUCAAACUCAGAAACAGGGUACAAAGAGGGCUCGAGGCAGAUCCUCUACUGUGUGCAUGGCGUGACUUUCCGGCACCUCAAGAUGCAUGUCAGCGCCAUGCUCAAGGAGCUCGAGGGCGCCGGGAAUUCUCCCAAGAUCGUGACAGCUGGGGAACCUGCUGGGCUAGACGGGGACCUCAUCUCCAGCAGCGACGCCAUCAGCUCCUCCAGGCCGAUGGCUGAGAGUGAGAGAGCAGAUGCGCUGAAGCCUCUGGCGCUUGACCUCCUGACCCUGCACGCGGAAGACUUCAAACCCUCGACGAAUGCGCAGCGACGCGACGGCAUCCCAGCCAACGAGGUUGCGAGAAGAAUCAAGGCGCGCUUGAAGCAGGAGAUCCGCAAGCAGAACCGGGGCAAACUGCUGGGUAUGGGCGCUGGCGUUGGCCUCCGCUGGCUUCGCCGCAAAGUUCGCAACUACCAGCGAAAGAAUCCAGCAGAAGAGCAGAGCUGAUUAUUGAUUAUUCAUUCAACUUGUACUCU